CGAACCACGAUUAAGCAUCGGCAGCUUGAAGAAAUAUGCACGUGUGUGUUUUCACAUGAAGUGCACACUGUUGCUGAUCCUGCUAGUAGCCCUCACAGUAGGCCAUCAUACAGAAGGCGCAAUCAGUAUGACAAACAUUCGGCAUAUAAUAAAGAAAAUAGCAGACGCAAUAACCGGCGAGCAAGAUAUCGCGGAGUUUAAAAAACACACGGACAGACGUGCGAACCGUCUACAACUGGGAGAGAUCUUGAACUCGCCGGCCGUGCGGCAAAUCCUGGACGAAAAUGACUCCCAAGACCUCGUUGAAGCAGCUGGAACAAUUCAUGGCAGACAAUCUGAUGAACAAAGCGGAAUAAACUGACAUCAACACUUGAUCUGUCAGCAUAUCAACAACAGGCUGUCAAUGAGCUAAUCUCUCUUUAAUACAAAUAAAAUUUGCCCAAACCAA